GCCUGCGUUUCAGGCACAUUAACAACACACGACAGGUUAUUGCACUCCGAAAAACCUGUGGACAGUUCGUGAUCGACAUCUCCUCGACCUUGACACAAUAUUUCAAGAUUUUGGAGAAGCGGUCAAACGGGCGAUCGCUACAAAAGCGUUCCUCGGGCAUUGACUGAGAUCCCUAAGCUAAGACUGUCCUUUCGUUGUUUUCCCGUUUAUUUAUUUUUUCCCCUAUUUUUUCCCCUAUUUUGUUUCUCCUUCUCUUCUCCCGCCGCCGAAGCUGUUUCCUACCGACCCAGCAUGCCCGACGGGCAAACCUGCAAUGUCAUACCUGAUGCUGUGCCCAGCGAUGCUGGCAUCGCAGGGGCAGGCGUCUUACUCUCUUCGACCAUAACCGCGGGGUUGGCACUGGGCAUAUCGGCUAGCCUGGUGUUGCAGGAGCUAUGGCACUUUUGGCCGACCGCCGGCGCCCGGAAUCCCUCGGUGAUCCGACGGAAGCUCCUUAGCGGGUACUCGGACCAGCAGAUCAUGGUCGGCAUCGGCCUGCAGAGCGUCGGGCUCGCCAAGUCGCGCUCGCUCGUGCCUUACCACUUCUUCCUGAUCUGGAUGCUCGCGCUCCUCUCGACCGCGACGCACAACGCCGCGCUGCUGGCGCUGGUUCACGACUUCAAGCGGGACUGGGUCCUGCGCUGGAUGCGGCAGCUGCUGAUGUUCGUGAACCUGGCCCUGUCGUGCGUCUACGGGGUCUAUAUCUUGCAGAGCAAGAUCAAGGGCCUGCCCAACACGCUGCCCAUCGACUGCGUCUGGACGCUGGACUCGACCACUUCCAACGUCGGCGGGCUCGACUACGUGGGCACCAUCGCCGCCAUCGCUGGCAACUGCGUUGUGUUCGGGUUGGCCACGUGGUACUUGCAGAGCCGUCGCCAGCGUUUUUACAAAGCCAUUCAGAUCGUUGGCCUGGUUCUGAUGUCGGCGAUCGCUAUUGGUAUGUUUUCCUUCAACGUGCGUUUUUGUUGCCACUAACAUGUUUUCUCUUUCCCUUUCUUUUUACCCCCAGGAGCCACCGCCCGCGCCUAUCUCUUGUCACAAGCCUUCGGAUCUCCCGACGUAAAGCUCAGCGAUGACGGCGAGAAGCAGUGGAGCUUUGGCCAGCUGCUGUCCCUCCUCAUGCUGAUCCUACCAGUAAUCUCUGCGAUCGAGAUCAUGAGGGGGGAGAUCGCGGUCGCGCCACCGGUUCGCGACGAGG